GGCCUCGAUCUCCCGUGUGAUUCUGCUCUUGACUCAUGCUUGAUAAACUUCAGUGUGGAGAAAUGGGUUUUUCACUUGCCAAUUGUUGUAGCAAAGCAUGGUGCUCAGUGCGCGUUAGAACAGUUGUCUCAGCUGGAGAGAUGAAUAGUAGAGCCAGUGAAGCGCAACGCGGGGUAGAACGCGUAUUUUUCUCACCAGAUAUAUUUCCGUUUAAUCAAGCUCCACCUCAUCCUCCUUUAGUUCCAACUCUGAUGCAGCAGGUUGUGACAGUCUGACUGUUACAUUUCUUCUCUGGGUCUUCUCUGGAGUGUCUCAAUGAGUGGCGUGGUCUGGCAACCCAGGCUGACAGGACGAAUGUCAUAGGAUGAACACUGCUGGUGGGGUGUGUCUGUCUGUGCUGUCCUCUCUCCUGGCUGUGGCUGGGGCCCUGGCUGCCUUGUCUGCCCUCGCUCUAGCUCCUCUCUCUGCCCUGGCCGAGGCUGCCUAUGGGGCUGCCAACGGCAUCCCCAGCACCGGGGCAGAGGGGGCCCCAUCAUACGUCUCCUCAUCAUGCUCCAGCCUUGUAGCUGGGGUGCUCUAUGGCUCUUUCUCCCUAAGGGAGCUCUUCCCCUCCAGGGCGCCAGGCUGCUCCUGGUCCCUGGAAAACCCGGAUCCCACCAAGUACUCCCUCUACCUCCGCUUCACCCGCCACCCUGUCAUCUGCCACACACACUCCCCCAUGCUACUGUCCCUUGACCACCACCAAGCAAAUCAAACCUGUCCCCCAAAUUUACAGACAGUAGGUGGCCGAGAUCAAGAAGUCAUUGAUCUAUGUGGCAGCCAAUCUAACUCAGAUGGACCAUACUCCUUCCUACAGUUUGAUAAGAACUUUGUCCAACUAUGUCUAACAAAUCACCCAGCUGCAGAUGAGCCUCAGGUUUCUAAAGAUUUACUGGAGCUAAGAUUGGUGGAAGUCCUACUCAUUAACAACGAGAACUCCAGUCAGUUUACCUGCGGCGUGCUCUGCCGAUGGUUCGAAGAGUGUUUACGCACAGAAAACAAUGGAGACCAGGAGAUUUCUGAUGGAGAUGGUUGCGGGAUGACCCAGACGGGAUGUAUAUGUCCGAACCACAACAUCAUGGCGCCACCUGUUCCAUUACUUCCGGAGACACCUCACAGUUUCAGCAACGGAUCAGUGGUUCCUGAUGACUGCUGUGUCACCGAGUUGCACUCCAAUGAUGCAAUCGCCAUAGCACCCAGAGAUGUCAGACAAGACCCAUAUGAUGAUGAUGACCUGAAGGUGAAGACCCAAAGACCAAGAUCAGCUGACCAGCCAGGUGUGUUUCAGGCACAAACAGGUGACCCAGCAGCAGAGGAGUGGUCACAGUGGAGUGUAUGUUCUCUAACAUGCGGGCAAGGUUGGCAAGUGAGGACACGAUCGUGUGUUUCUUCUCCCUAUGGGACCCUGUGCAGCGGUGCCCUGCGGGAAACACGCAUGUGCAACAACACCGCUUCCUGUCCAGGCGAUCCUGGGAUCACAGGCUCAGUGCAUGGGCUAUGGGAGGAGUGGUCGUUAUGGAGUCUGUGCUCUGUGACCUGUGGGCGCGGCUCCAGGACGCGAACCAGGAAGUGUGUGAACGGAGGCGGGGCCUUGGCUUGUGGACGGCCCGAGAUACAGACCAAACUCUGCAACAUAGCAGUGUGUCCUGUCGAAGGCCAGUGGUUAGAGUGGGGGCCUUGGUCGAGAUGCAGCGUGACCUGUAACACUGGAACACAGCAGAGGCAAAGACGAUGCAGUGCGUCAGUGCACGGCUGGGCUGAAUGUCAGGGCCCCCAUCAGGAGAGCAGAGAUUGCACCAACCCUUCCUGCAGCGGUGGAGGUAACUGGGGCAGCUGGAACCACUGGAGUCUCUGCAGCAAGACAUGUGACUCUGGUUGGCAGCGUCGUUUCAGGAUGUGUGAAGGCUCUGGACUACAGGGCUAUCCCUGCGAAGGCUCAGGGGAGGAGGUCCGGUCUUGUAAUGAGAAGAAAUGCCCAGCUCCUCAUGAGAUAUGUAAAGAUGAGCACCUUCUUGCUAUGGCAUGGAAGAGAGCAUCAGCUGGAGAAACUGUCUACAACAAGUGUCCAACUAACGCCACUGGAUCUGCUAGUCGUCGUUGCAUGCUGGACAAUAAUGGAGUUGCUUUCUGGGGUCCUCCGAGCUUCGCCAGAUGCGUCUCACUUGAAUAUAGACAUUUACAUAUAUCUUUACGAGAGCAUCUCGCGAAGGGUCAGAGGACCCUGGCCGGGGAGGGCAUGUCUCAGAUCGUUAGAAGUCUCCUGGAGCUCUUGCAGAGGAGGAGCUACUACAGUGGCGACCUUCUCUUUUCCACGGAGAUUCUGCGAAAUGUGACGGACACCUUCAAAAGAGCAACCUACAUCCCAGCUCCCGACGACGUGCAGAAAUUCUUCCAGAUAAUCAGCCACAUGUUGGACAUGGAAAACGUAGAGAGAUGGGAGGACGCUCAUCAGGUCGCUCCCGGUGCUGCUUUGCUGAUGAGGAUAUUAGAAGAUUUUAUUCACCUCAUCGGAGAAGCCCAGAAGCCUUUUCAGAGUUUCCUGGUGGUUACCAACAACCUCAUGAUAACCAUCCAGCGAGAGCCGGUGUCAGCAGUUUCAAGCGAUAUCAACUUCCCCAUGAAGGGCCGGAGAGGGAUGAAGGACUGGGCCAGAACUGCUGAGGACAAGCUCUACAUCCCUAAAGAGGUCUUCACCACCCCGACAGAAGAGACAGAGACGGACUCAGAGACUACGGUGUACUAUGUAAUCGGAGCCAUCUUGUACAGGACGUUGGGCGUCAUCUUACCCGCUCCAAAUCCCCCUGCAGUGAUCAACUCCAAGAUCCUGACGGUCACAGUGAGGCCCGAACCUCAACCGAGCGAGCCCAUGGUGGUAGUGGAGCUGUCACCGCUUGUUAAUGGUACAUCGGAUCCUCAGUGCGUCGUCUGGGACUAUGGCAACCUGGAAGCUGGCGCAGAAAACUGGGGCACAGAAGGCUGCCAAACGCUCGUGUCUACCACCAUCCACACCAAAUGCCUGUGCAGCAAGAUAUCCACCUACGCCGUGUUAGCGCAGCAAGCUAAAGACCCGGACAUGGGUCCUACCAGCAUGCCCUCUGUGCCCCUCAUGGUGGGCUGUGGGGUCUCCUGCACCGCUCUGCUCAUCCUGCUGCUAAUCUAUGCUGCCUUCUGGAGGUAUAUACGCUCGGAGAGAUCCAUCAUUCUGGUGAAUUUUUGCCUCUCCAUCUUGGCCUCCAAUUUAUUGAUCUUGGUGGGACAAUCUCAAACGCUUAGCAAGGGCCUCUGUACUGUGACCGCUGCCUUCCUGCAUUUCUUCUUUUUGGCGUCCUUCUGCUGGGUGCUGACGGAGGCGUGGCAGUCCUACCUGGCUGUUAUUGGCAAAAUGAGGUCACGACUCAUUCGAAAGCGGUUCUUGUGCCUCGGCUGGGGUCUUCCAGCUCUAGUCGUAGCAGUGUCAGUAGGAUUCACCAGAGCGAGAGGCUACGGCACAGCCAGCUACUGCUGGUUAUCCUUGGAGGGAGGGCUGCUUUAUGCCUUUGUCGGGCCUGCUGCUGUCAUCGUAUUGGUGAAUAUGCUCAUUGGAAUCGUGGUGUUUAACAAGCUCAUGUCCCGAGACGGCAUCUCAGACAAGUCUAAAAAGCAGCGAGCGGGUGUCCCAGCGGAGGCGCGUAGCCGACUGCUCCUGAAAUGCUCCAAGUGUGGCGUGAUCUCGAGCACCGCUAUGUCCAGCUCUACUGCCAGCAGCGCCAUGGCGUCUCUGUGGAGCUCCUGUGUCGUUCUUCCUCUCCUAGCAUUAACCUGGAUGUCAGCCGUGUUGGCCAUAACGGACCGGCGCUCCACUCUCUUCCAGGUUCUCUUUGCUGUCUUUGACUCUGUCCAGGGUUUCGUCAUCAUCACCGUCCACUGUGCAAUGCGCCGAGAGGUGCAAGAUGCGGUGCGCUGUCGGAUGGGGGGAUGUAAAGACGACAGCGAAAACUCACCCGACUCCUGCAAGAAUGGACAGGUGCAGAUCAUGAAGGGUCCAAUUGUGAGCCAAUGCGGGCAGCAGUGUGGCUCUCUGCGAUACGGCACAUCAACAAGCCUGUUGAAUUGCCACUUGCAGACGUUCUCACCGGCGUGCCAGCAGGCCUGUCACCACAGUCUGCCACGCAGCAACCAUGGGCUCGAGCACAGCCACUCCCUCAACUACGCGCAUGAGCACACACCCAUCCUCAACAAUACCCAUAACCAUGUUCACAACCAUAACCACGGCCACAACCACAACCACAUCGGCUGCCAACCAACGGAUUUUGAAAAGGAUGUGGACUUGGCAUGUCAAACAGAGAGAGGACACCCAUUCAUAUUCAAGGAGGUGAACACCUGCAACCCAGCAACCAUCACCGGGACGUUAUCCCGCAUCUCCCUGGACGACGAGGAUGACCCCAAGCUGGCGGCCCAUCAGGAGGGGGGAGUGGGGGUCAACUUCAGCUCCCUCCCUGGGAACAUCCCCCCUCCCAACCUCAUUGUACAGGUUCCAACCCUGGGCGGUCUAAACGAGCUGAGCGAGACGCCGCUAAAGAAGGAGGUGAACGUGGACCAGCAGAGACAGCAGGGGCAGCAACGCAGCGGUGCUCCCAUCUACCUGUGCACUGAGAGCGGCCUGGGCUGGGCUCGACCGCCAACUUCCUCCAACACGUCCCAGGACGGUAGUGCCGGAAGCGGGGGAAGCGGAGGAGGAGGGGGAGGAGGAAGCGGUGGAGGCGGAGAGGGAGACUACAUGGUCUUACCUCGUAGGACGGUCAGUCUCAAACCUCCAGCAUCCUCCUCCCCAGGGGGAGGCCUGGGACUGGGGGGCGAGGACAAGCCCCUCAACAUUGCAGUGGAUGAUCCCCCCUUCCCUCCCCCUCCCUCCCCUCUCACCCUGCACCCAGCCGAGAGCGAGGCCUACCCGGCGGAUUUUGUGCCGUCCAGCGUGGGGGACAUGAACAUUGCCAUGAACCUGAACCGCUCCUACGGGACGAUUAAAACCAUGCCCCACGGGCACGGCCACAUGAUGGCUCAGGGAGGUAUUGUACACUCCCACGGAGGACACAUGCACUCCCACGGGCACUCGCUCCAGCUGAAGCCGGGCCAGAGGCCGUCGGUCAGGCAGAUCCUGACUGGGGGAACAACGGUGGAGAGAACCAGGACUCUGCCACGCAACCUGGGCAGCACCAACGCCAACACCAGCCUCUCUGCAGGAUCCCUGGAGAGGAAAAGAGUACGGUACUCUGAGCUGGACUUUGAGAAAGUGAUGCACACUCGCAAAAGACAUUCUGAGCUGUACCAUGAGCUCAACCACUCGUCCAAGUUCCACACCAUAGACAGGUAUAGCAGGGACCCAGCCAUGUCCACAGUCAAGAGGGAAAAGCGAUGGAGCAUUUCGUCUGCCGGAGGUGAAAAGAACUCGUCGAGUGACAAGUCCACCCCGGAGGACCAGAGCUCCUGGGACAGCUUCAAGACCAUGACCCCUGAGCUGUCCAUCGUGCCUGGGGAGCAGAAGGACCGGAUGGAGCUGCACAAUAAGAACUGGGACUCCUCCUCUGCCAACACACCCGACUCGUCUGAAGGAGACUUCCAGACUGAAGUGUGAAGACACACAGAUGUGGACACACUCACUUGAAUACAAACGCGAUGAUGCCGAGAUCCAGAUGCACAUUGAGAUACUGAACUUCUGAAAAGCUAUACAUACGUACAUGAUUUUCCCGCAAAGAUCUCACACACAACGCUCCCUGUCUCCUGCAACGUGCUCUGUCGGAUCCCAUUCUCUAUUUGUUUACUGCUGCAGUGGACAGACAUGGAAAGAAGACUGUUCUACUCUAUAUUUUCGCAAAGACUAUUGAAAAGAAAGAACAGGAGCUUGACACGUCUGUGAAUGAGAAUAAUUUUUAAAUGAACUAAAAAAAAAAACUAUGAAAAACUUAUUUCUGAGAGAAAAAUGUCUUGAUUUUAUUCUGGAGAAAAAAAGAAAAUCUCUUUCAAUUGUUUGAUGAUUUCAGGGGUGGGGGUGGGGGGGAGAAAAAUAUUUCUGCACCGUUCAGUUCCUUUUAUAGCAAAGGGGGAAAAAAAUCUCACUAAGGUUUCUCACACUGGUAGCCCCCCUAGGCACCCUGCUUUCAUUUAUAUCCCUUUCCUCUUUUAAACAGAUGACGAAAGCAUUUUUUUAAACUUUCAUUUGUUUCUUUUCGUCAUUGUGGAUGGUUGGGGGAUGGGGGACAGGGAAAGAGCUGCUCAUUGAUAUGUGCCAUCCUCUCUUCUUUUUAUUUUUAAGUUUCCAGUUCAACAAUCCCAUCCUUCCAUUCCUCUCACGUCCUCUCUGUCAACAACAUACUCCUCUUUUUUAUGUAUUUUCUACUCUUUGGUUCAAAAAUGUUCUCCCCUUUGGUUUGAAACUUUUAAUGAAAAAAUAAUACAAUUGAGAGAAAUAACGGAGUUGUGUUCUAUGGUCUUACUGUUCAAAAGGAAUUGAUUUAUUUUCAAAAUGGUUUGGAUUGUGCUUGUGCUGCUGCCUUUUUUUCAUUUCUCUCUUUUUUUUCAUUUUCAUGUGAGAAUUAACCCAUGCAGAACUUUAAAGAAAGCAUAACUUAGAGCUCACACAGCACGCAAAUGCAACAUUGCUCUCUAAGGGGACGUGUGCUGUGUUUUAUCUGCCCAUGAGGGAAAGAAGAAAAGUGAUUGUCAUGCGGAUUUCAGCAUCCCCUUUCUUCCUACUGCUCGGAGAUAAGCCUUUAAAGAUUGCUCCAUCUGAAUCCAUCUCAGCCAUCGCCAAUCAUAGUAAUACCAUAAAAAGGGGAUAUCUCAGUCAUUUUUAGCCCAGAUGGAAUAUGUGCUAGCUAUGUUUAGCAUCUCUUAUUCCGCCAAAGCGCUAACUUAUACAGCUUAGAGUGAAGACUUGAUCAGUUAAGCUGGCAACUUCCUCUUCACCAGUUUCAGAAGAAAAAUCUUAAACUUUCCCUGACCUGAAAAGGCUUUUACAGACAAUUAUAUGUUGAAACUUGACACCACAUUAGCCAAGUUGUUCUACUUUAUCGAAAACUUCUCUCAUGUUUCUCUUCCACCUACUUUCAUAGCAUCAUGUCAGAUACAAUAAAUCUCCUGUUUAGUUAGAAGUACAUUUAAAAGAUCACAAGGAUUUCUUUCUCUCUCGUGUGACUGGAUUCCAGGCUCAUGAGCACAUUAGCAACAGAAGUAUGUAGUGUCACAAAAAAAACAUACAGAGGGAGGUUAAAAGGCUACGGUGUAGAAAAGUAAAGAGGAAAAGCUGGAAGUAUGUUGCUUCUUGCUUGAUAUUCAACAUCCUUACUUCAGUCUCCAAAACAUGACAACUAUAUUUUUUCUGUUGCUACAUUAGCCCAUCAGUCCUCCACACACUGCUGUAAAAAAGAGUGUCAGAGUGCAGGAUGAAUUCAAUAGGCAUCUUGAUAACGUGUUCGCCCAUUUUCAGAGCAGCUCCCAUUAAUUUAACAGCCUUGAGAUGAAGAUGAGAGACAAUUUAGAGAGAGAGAAGUGCAUGAGAAACUUGUAGCCAAGCAAAAAGAUCCAAAAAUAUAUAUAAUGAGAAAGCUAGAGGCAGGCAGAGAUGCAGAUUAAGAAGGCGAAUGCUCAAAACAGCAAUUAUCCGGGGAUGGCGAUUUGUCCUGACAUUUUCAGAUGCAGCCCUCGAACCAUCUGUUUAAAGAUCCCUAAUGUGGUGCUAGUGCAGCACAGCGCAGAUGGUUGAGACAAGAGUGCGGCCCUGCUAACCUUUCAAGCUAAUCAGCUGAUAGACAAACCUUACAGCUUGCUCCCUUCUCUGAGGAGGAGGAGUGAGGGAGGUUCAGGCCCCUGUGUAGCACCGCUAAGGUCACAUUUAACCUGACCUUAUGUAAGAAUCAGGAUCGUACGGUAAAGCAUGUCUGCACGGAACGGGGCAAGGCUACACGGUUACAGUCCAUGUGGUGUAGCAGAAGGAAACAUCAGUCUCAGGGGAAACAGAUUUGACCCUUACAUCAACAAACUAAAUUUAUUUAUUUCAUAAAACUGAGCAUUUUUGAGAGAGAACUCUCGAGGAAUUCUUCAAAGAAGCCUUUAACCUAUGCUAAAAAUGAGAUUCAAAGAAAGACAACAUAAAAGAAAGAGGAAAGAAUGUCAGUGUUUCAUUUUAGCAGUUUUACUUUUUUUUUUUCAGAUUUCUAACACUGCACUCAAACAAACGGAACUAAGGAUCAUCUUUUCAUCCUUGCAAUUUCCCCCUUUCUUUUUUUCUUCUUCUUUGAAUUAACUUCAGUAUGAUGCAGAUGCUAACACAUGAUGGUCUCAAUAUGUUUUGUCGUCUUUUAUCCUGUGUGUGUUGAAAGCUCACCAAGCGCCGAAGCCCAUAAAGAGAUAUGAAACAUAGGCGGAUGCCAAAUUUAAAACCCUACUACGCUUACCUUCACAUUCACCCUUUAGCUUUCGAUGCUAACGUGUUAGCCGACUGCUUCAACCAUCCAACAUUCCAGUUGAUUUACUACUGAAAACCCCUCCUUUUCCUUUUGUCCCUCAUUUUUGUUCUUUUUUAUACAUAAGAUUGUACAAAGUAGUCCUCUAAUGUUUUCAUAGUGUCUUUUUUAUAUGAAAAUAAAUUUUCAAAUUGA